CGGCGGGAGAAGCUUUAGGGGGAGAGAAUGGAAGGGAUGGCACAAGAGCGAUGGCGCCUCAUGCAGAUGCUGAGGCGCUCAUAUUUGUUGCCCCAACCAAUGGAAGGGCCGGGACUGAUUGAGUACGAAAUACAGGGAGGAGUAUGUUUGGCGCGGCCAACGAACGAAAUUAUGUACUUGCAAAAUACCUACGUGCGGGCGCACACAGUGGCGUGUAAGAUGCCGGAAGGAACAGCAGGCUGGUCACGGAAGGCCAAGCGGGAAUGGGUUGGCCACAUGGAGGAGGCAUGGACGUUGGGGAGAGGCCCGUGGCGAGGCGAGAUUGAUACAGAGGGGGAAUUGACUGUUGCGUACUUAGCGCCGACGGUUGAGUUGAGGGACUCGCUUAUUGAAGAAAGAAUGGGGGACGAGGUACAUGUGGCAGAAGUGCAUGGCCAAGUGACAUAUCAACCAUGGAAGCUGCCAGCGGAAAUGAACGCGGCCAGAAUGCGCGAGCGCAAACGACGGCCAUGGGUGAAAGUCUUCAAACCCUCACUACUGGCAGCGAAAUGGGCGAGAGGGGCAGUCGAGCACUUUUUUGGUCCAAUAGUUAGCGAACAGCGGGUGGAUGAUGAGCAAAGAGAGUACGUGAGGUAUGUGCUGGAUGGCCCGCUGAAGAACCCGCUGAAGAGCAGCGUGGCGGUGGCUAUUUGGCCUUACAGCUUCGAAGAGGUGAGAGUAGUAACGAGUGAGACACCCUUUUGUGAAGUAUGCUUCACACACGGCCAUAUGGGGCUCCAUGGAAGAUGCUUGAUGCCGGCUGAGACACUGCAGGAGUUGCAUGAAAGGGAGGUGAGAAGUACUAUGGACCCGAUCUUGCAGUCGAAUCCUCAAGAAGAAAGGAGGGCCUGGCAUGAGCUGGAGCUCCAGGUGGAUGACGCCCUGCGGAAGGAGGCUGCAAGCCAGGUCUGCCACGAAGGAAGGCGGAGGAAGCCUGCCAAGGGAAGAGGAAGGUACCGCCGGAAUGUACCGUGGGAGGGGAGGGGAGACGAUCCCAUGCAGACUGACGACCCACACUGGCUUUUCGGCGAAGACCGGAAAAGGAAGGCAGAGCAGGGGCCGGAACAAGAGAAAGGCUCCAAAACGGGAAGCUCACGACAAGAGCAAGGGAUAGGAGGGGACCAAAGAGAGAGGGAUGCUGAGGCUUCGUCAGUCAAGUCAGGGCAGCAUCGACGCAGGGGAAAACUAUGGGCCAGGCGACCUCGGGACGGCAGGCUUCAUCGCAAACCUCACAAAAGGCCGAAGUGUACAAGAGAGAGGCAGCGAUCCCCCUUGGGAACCAAGGGGUAUGAACCAAGGUAUUCGCUGCGAGGGAAGGGGAAAAGGAACGAGUCGCCACUGCCUUCGGGAUCGGUCCCCCUCAAGGAACCAAGCUUUGGCCUCCCGGCCGAGGGGGUGGGCGAUCAGUCAAGCUGCCAAGAAGAUGACAGCUCGUCGGAAUCCUCUACUACAGAGACAUCGGAUAGCUCGGGGGAUGACCAACAGUCCGCUCAUCAGUCUGCAAGCCAGCAGCAGCAGGAGUGCUCAGCAGAGGGAGGGGAUCAGGGGUCUGCAACCAACAGCAACAGGAGCGAUCAGCAGAAGAAGAACAUCAUACUUCGCAGGGGCAGGGAUCGGAAGAGGGGGCCAUACCAGCGGAGUCGGCAAGAGCUGAGGACCGAAGCACGCAGGAGCAGGAAAGUCAGCAGCGCCAGCAGCCUGAGAGUCAGCUGGAAGGCCUGGCACGGCAGGAGCGAGUGGGGGCCAGACUCGUAUAGAUCACUGCACCCGCAGGUAGCAGUGCAGAGAUUGCGGCACAUCUUGCAGAAGUUACUGCGGGGAAACUACCUGGCGCACAAGAAGACAGGGGAGGAGUACGCCCAAAGGAUGGAGGAAUUGGACAAAGGCCCUGAGGAGGGCCAGAUGGAGGAAGAGUGGUGGGCAGAGAGAGUGGAGGUAGCACGAGGAUGGAGGGAGUGGCAGGCAGAGGAAGCUGUUAAAUGGGGCAGACGCACCAAGGAGACAUGGAUCACAUUGGGGGAACGAAUGUCACAACAGUUCUUUGCUACAGUGGCGACGAAAAAGGCAGCACCAAUAAUGACAGCCAUGGAUCACCCUUUUGAUGGCCAGAUGGGGCAACAGUGUACUACUCGGGGAAUUUUGAAGUGUGUUACCGAUUUCUAUCGCCAACUGCUCACGGAGGAGGAGCAGUGGACUCCCGAGGAGAUGGCCGGUGAACCAGAGCAGGAUAUUUGGAGCCAUGUCCAGAGCCGCCUCAAUCUUGCAGAAACCUGUAAGCUGGAAGAGGACAUCACGGUAGAGGAAGUGGUAAGAGCGAUUGCAGAGCUCCCUAGGCUCAAAACGCCUGGCUUGGAUGGAAUACCAGCGGAACUCUAUAAGGAACUCCGCAACUUCUUUGGAGUUCUGCUGACAACAGCCUACAACGAGGCUCUGAAGGGAGGCACCCUUCCUCAAGGUUUUGUGGAUGCGUAUGUGGCUUUACUCUUCAAAAAGGGAGCCAAGGAGGACGUGUGGAACUGGCGCCCGAUUUCCAUCCUGAAUGCGCUAUAUAAAAUACUUGCCAAAGUCUUGGCAAACCGGUUGAAGGAAGUCCUCCCAAGUAUCAUCGACUCCACUCAGACCGGGUUCGUGGUGGGUCGCCAAAUCUUGUCGAACAUUUUAUUAGCACAGCAGAUACUGGAGGAGGAGCAAUGCACAGGUCAGGCACUGGCUUUUGUGUCAAUAGAUCUUGAGAAGGCCUAUGAUCGGGUCAGAUGGUAAUUUCUACUGCAAAGUAUGGCGAGAAGGGGAGUUGGGCCUAUCCUGUGCAGUUGGAUUCGUGGCCUGCUAAAUGGA